CCAACGCCUUCGCUCCGGGCGAGGUAGGGCGGAGCAGGUUCACGGACUCCAGGGACCUGGCGCCUUACAAGCUGCGAGGCGGUGCCCUCUCACCCAACUAAUUUCCCAACAGGCUUUGCCCUUAACAGGUGUGGGUGCCUGCCGUGGACGCUUUUACUUCGGCCGUAUCUCUCUCUGGAGACUUUGUGCCUAUGGUUGGGGACAGAGUGAGGUCGUUGCCUUGACGACGACAGCAUGCGGCCCUCGGUCCUCCUGAGUGUGAGCUUGAGGCAGGUCGAGGCCAUUCUGCCUCCCUGCCUGUUUUACUUGGGACCCGUGACUGUGUCCGCAGAAGAAAGCACAAAAGCAGUAGAAUUGCUGGUUUACUAGUCAGCAUCUUUAGACCUGUGAGCGAGAUGCAUUUCAACUUGAAUUUGUUUCCAAGUUGAAAAGCUUUGGGUCUUUCCACGGGAAAGGAUUUAAAAGAAACAAAAGAAAAAUUUCUACUGGUUUUGAAAUAAAAUGGAGAAAUAUGAGAACCUAGGACUGGUUGGAGAAGGGAGUUAUGGAAUGGUGAUGAAGUGCAGGAAUAAAGAUACUGGACGAAUUGUGGCUAUCAAGAAGUUCUUAGAAAGUGAUGAUGACAAAAUGGUUAAAAAAAUCGCUAUGCGGGAAAUCAAGUUACUAAAGCAACUGAGGCAUGAAAAUCUGGUGAAUCUGCUGGAAGUGUGUAAGAAAAAAAAGCGAUGGUACCUAGUCUUUGAAUUUGUUGACCACACAGUUCUUGAUGAUUUGGAGCUCUUUCCCAAUGGACUCGACUACCAGCUAGUUCAGAAGUAUUUGUUUCAGAUUAUCAAUGGAAUUGGAUUUUGUCACAGUCACAAUAUCAUCCACAGAGAUAUAAAGCCAGAGAAUAUAUUAGUCUCCCAGUCUGGUGUCAUCAAGUUAUGUGAUUUUGGAUUUGCACGGACACUGGCAGCUCCUGGGGAGGUUUAUACUGACUACGUGGCAACACGAUGGUAUAGAGCUCCUGAACUGUUGGUUGGGGACGUCAAGUACGGCAAGGCUGUUGAUGUGUGGGCCAUCGGCUGUCUGGUAACUGAAAUGCUCAUGGGCGAACCCCUUUUUCCCGGAGAUUCUGACAUUGAUCAGCUCUAUCAUAUUACGUUGUGCUUAGGUAAUCUCAUUCCAAGACAUCAGGAGCUCUUUUAUAAAAAUCCUGUGUUUGCUGGAGUCAGGUUGCCUGAAAUCAAAGAGACAGUACCUCUCGAAAGACGCUAUUCCAAGCUCUCUGAAGUUGUGAUAGAUUUAGCAAAGAAAUGCUUACAUAUUGACCCAGACAAAAGGCCCUUCUGUGCUGAGCUCUUACACCAUGAUUUCUUUCAUGUGGAUGGAUUUGCUGAGAGGUUUUCUCAGGAACUGCAGUUAAAAGUACAGAAAGAUGCCAGAAACAUUUCUUUAUCUAAAAAAUUCCAGAAUAGAAAGAAGGAAAAGGAAAAAGAUGAUUCUUUAAGUGAAGAAAGAAAAACACUUGUGGUACAGGAUACCAAUGCUGAUCCCAAAGUUAAGGAUUCUAAAGUAAUUAAAAUAAAAGGGUCAAAAAUGGAUGGAGAAAAAGUUGAAAAAAUCAGUCGAGCUCUGAAUGCCAGCUGUCUCCAUGACAACGGAGCGAGCCACAUCAAAACAGUGCCUUCAACAAGCCUCCGAGACUACAGCAAUGGCAGCGUGGACCACACAAGAAAUCCAGUCAUGGCGAUUCCCCCACUGGUACACGGUUUCUCUGCAGUGGCCCCUGCUGUGAAUUCUGGAAUGGGGACCAUCCCAGGAGUUCAGAGUUACAGAGUGGAUGAAAAAAACAAGAAGUAUUGUAUUCCAUUUGGUAAACCAAAUAAACAUUCUCCGUCAGGCGGUUAUAAUAUUAAUGUGACCACAUCGGUUGCUAGUGAAAAGAGCCUACUUCAGGCGAAUAAGAAAAGAAGGGAAUUCUCGAAGACAGAUGUCCGUUUGCCUGAACUAAACUACAAUCAUCUUCCUGAACUAAAAGCCUUGGAAGGCAUUGCUCGAAAUUCCAGGUUGAUAAGAAAAGAGAACAAAAAUCUUUUAGAAUCUCGAAUUCCUUCUCUGGCCACUAUUGACUUGCACACUCCGGGUAUCGCAUUACAUCAGGUAUUGGGAUCUCCCCUGCCAAAUGAUUCAGAGGCUGAUUUACCUCGGGUGGAACACCAGCACUGACUGUCAUUUGGAUGCUGCUCUUGCACUUGAGGCGACAUCCUUUUGCAAUGAAAGUGCAGACAUCCUAGAAGAGCUUUGUGGUUUUGAACAUUGGCUUCUGAGCUGCCUGCAUUUUUCUUAAGGCCUCACAGAAGAUGACAAAGACUUCCAAGUGUUUCAAAGGAAGAUCUAACAACUGUCCCUUCCCACCAUUAGCCCAUCACCUUUCAAGUCCACUGAUGCCUUUCCAGCAUAUAUCCAGUGAAAGCAUAGUGAUAGGGUUCUUGUUACAGGAAUGUGUAUUUACUAUUAGUAGAUUGUGUAUCUAAAGUGAGUAAAAAAAGGGGGGGGAAAAGAGAAGCAUUUAAAAGGUCAUGAUACUUAAUGCAUCGAACCGUGUGAGUUAUCUGUGUAAAUGUGUGUAUUUAUUUGGGGGUGGGUUUGGUGGAGGUGGGGGAUGCACACUAGGAUCAGUUUGAAGAAAAUAAAAAAAAAAAACAAAAAACAGCUAGGAUCAGUAAGAGAAAAUGUUUCCUUUACCCUAACUUAUCCAUAAAACACAUUUAAAAAUCUUGCUUGUUUCUAGCCUUUAAGGAGAAAUGUAACUGCUCUCUGUGAAUAGAUGUAUAUCUUUGGUUCUGUGAUUAUCCUUGAUGUUUGAUCAGUGUUACUGUGCAAAUCUGGCCUCUCUGCCAAAAUUCUAAGACCCACACAAAUGCAAAGUUCACAAAGAAACCCUUUCUCUCUCACGACCUGGUGUGACUCUGACAUUGGACAGUCCUCUGUUUUUUAAGGUUCUGGUGCUCAUGUUUCUGUGUGUAGGAACAUGAUUGGAGUGAGAGUGGUGAAGGAGAAUUUUAUAAGUCUACCAUGGAGAUGAGUACUGUGCUUCUUUCUCAUUGGGGGGAAAAAAAAAUUGAAAACUAGGUGGUGGAAGCAGGGUUACCCAUUGACCAGGGCUGAUUGCUUCUCUCUGGGCCACUGGCUCUGGAACGGCCCAGCUGGAGGGGCUCUGGGGAUGGAUGUCCACUCCGAUAAUUUGAAGGAGACAGUAGACAUAACCCAGAGAUGUCCCCGUCUCCUUGCUUCCCCAAACCCUCUGGUCUUCCCCAAAGCUGUUCACCAGGGUGCUUCCCCACAGCCCACACGACGUCUUUUCUAAUGCACUGGUCCCCAACUUUCGGGUGGGAGAGUUAAACCAGUUGGACUCCAAGCUCUUGGCUUCUGGGUUUUGCAUUUAUUAUUUUAGAGAGGUUGUUAAGGGGACAUGAAUUUGUGUGGAUGUUUUUUGCCCUAACUAAUUAACAAUGUAUUUUUUUUCCCAAAAGGCAUUGACUAGAACUUAACGGAAAAACUUAAUAGCACUUUUCUCUCUUACUCUAAGGAGCUGAGUAUUGAAAUUCUGACCUUAGACACUUGGGCUUCAAAAGAGUUGGACAUCCCAUAGGAGGCAAAAUAAGGGACUUCGAUGUAGUGUCUACAGGUGAUUCAACUAAAAUUUCUUGAUUUUGAAGCUGUAUCAUUAACCUCUGGCCAGGUGUUUGACUAGAUUGGCAUGGUAACAUGCUGAACAAAAUUGGUGUGUAUAAGUAUUAACAGGCUUCACAUUAAAAUAUUAUUAUUUUAUUUUGACUUUGGAAAAUAUUUCCAGCAGACUCUAUAGCAUGGAACACAGAUAAUACUUAAAAGCUAAGUGUUUCUUGACGUUAUUUCAAUGUUAUUUAAAGAUCAGUGUGAAAAUAGCACCUCGAUGUUGGAGGGUCUCAGAUCAGUUACCUUUUCAUGUCUCUCUUUGCUUUUGGUAUUUUUUUUGUUUAUUAGAACAUUUUGUGAACCUUAGAAUUAAAGAACUAAAAAAUAUUUACUACAGUCUAAGUUGAGACUUGGGGAUCGUAUCUGGUUAGAACGUUGGCAGAACUUAAAAAAGAUCUUGCAAAUUGGGGCCAUAGGUAACUGAACCAGAAUAAUCCCUUUUUUUCAGUUUAAGGUACUUUGUCUCACUUUACAAGGAUAUGAUUAAGCCACUAACUAAUAGGAAAGUUGUGUAUGUACUGGUGGGAGGAAAUGGGCUUGCUGCGUGUAUAUAUGUUUUAAAAUGAAUAAAUGUUAUAUCUUACUGAGCUCCAAA